AUGGCUGGCCCCAUCGCGACAAGUAGUAGCAGAAGUGGCAGCGGUAGCGCUCGCGCCAUGAUAUCAUCGACACGAAGGACUGCAAGAACGACGACGACGCGUCUGACAACCAAUGUUAGAUUACCCGUCUUGCUCGAAUUUACGUCGUGCUUUUGUCGGGUUGGGUACGCUGGCGAAGCGCUGCCCCAUUUUGGAGUAUUGUUGCAUCCUGACUUGAUUGAUUACAAUCAUGGCUGUGAUACUAACGGAUCUACUGGUGGUUCUAUGCUCGGUCGCGCUACUAUGGAGCGCGCUCGAUUGUAUCAACUCUUAUUUCCGCUCGUGGAAGAAUGCUUUGGCCGGAUUCACCAUCCGGAUCCGACAACCCGCAACGUAGUCGUUAUUUUUGAUACGGGUUUGACGUGUCCACAAACUUGGCAGGAAACGCUGGAAGGGGUUCUGCACGAAAAGCACGUUCCACACGUCACUUUUCAAUCCUGCCUGAGUCUGAUUCCGACGGCAUUUCCAAACUUGCCCGAUUCGUUGACAGUGCAUGUAACGAAUACGGCCGCGUAUUGCAUGGCUCAGGCUGGCUCGUUGACGUUGCCUUUUACGUUUCAAACCGUUCCGGCGGGUUACCGCCAAGUAAUGCAAGCUAAUGGCGGUGAGCCAGACCUGUUGGAACCACUGCUUUGGACGGAGGCCAUGACAACAUGCUGGUUAGAUCCGUCUAAUCCCAACUCGCUGGUAACCGCAUUCUUGUCUUGUAUACAGGCCUGUCCACGACAGGCGCGACCAUACGUUAUUGGCAACGUUGUUUUUACUGGCGAAGCCAUCUCCUUCCGACCCGACUUGCCCAAUCGUGUGCUAAGACAGGUCAAGACAGUGCUGCUCCAAGACGACGAAAACCGUGGGUCCUACGAACAACAAUAUCAACCUGGAACUCCUCUAAAAAGCACUGAGAACCCUAAUGAAAAUCUUUCUACUGCAAAGAUUGGCAACCUCGUCGACGACUUCACCAGAUUGUGUCAAACUUGGAGCGAGUUGAGACCGCUCGCCGGUCGAAUCGUGGGGUACGUAGACACGGCACCUUACCCUGCCGAUCGUGUCGUUUGGGCCGGAAGCUCCGUAUGGGCCCAGAUCUGGCACGGACGGGAUCCUGACGCGAAAGCUUUUGGUUGGCGGAAGCCCAUAGCCGCGGUGCCGGAAAUGAAGACGGAAUACACAACGAUGGUGUCCACUAACGCUUCUUGUACGGUAUUGAACUAA